AUGUUUCCUCGCAACGUUACCCGCCUCGCUGCUAGUGUCCCGCGCUCCGGCAUGAGGACAAUUGUCUCGACGGCCAUUCGUCAAUCCAGCAAUGCCCCCUCCAUCGGUGACAUCAAUCCUUCCCCCACAGCCAUCGAUUCAUUCAACCAGAAGCAAAAGGCAUUCAGAGAUGAGUUGGCAGCGUCCCAGAGGGAGCGGGAAGCUCGUGCGUUGGCCCAAGACAAAUCUUCUUCCUCCGCUGCUGCUACCGGUGAAGACACCGCUGCUAAUCAUCCGGAUGAUGCAGGCGCUGCAGCAGACCGCAACCUGUCGGAGCACGAUGCCAAGUCGGGUCGCCUGUCCAGCCUGAUCUACGGCACCAAGGAAGGGAGGGAGAUGGACGCCCAGAUCGAGGCCAGCUUUAGCCAGGUCCUGGCUCGUGGAAAGUACGUCCACUCCAUCGUCUUUCACGAGGUUAAGCCCGAAAAGGUGGACGAAUACGUCAAGCUCGUGGGGGAGUGGUACCCCAAGAUGGCCAACCUGGAGGAUAACAAGGUCAAUCUGGUGGGAAGCUGGCGGACAGAGGUUGGAGACUGCGAUACGUUCAUCCACAUCUGGGAGUACCAAAAGUACGAAGGCUACCACAAUUCCCGAUACAACAUCACCCACCACCCCCAGUUUUCCGACUUUGAUCGCAAGCUCGCCACGCUCAUCAACUCUAAGAAGUCGUCGUUGAUGCAAGAGUUUUCGUUCUGGCCCACCACGCCUCCGCGCCAGCUGGGCGGCAUCUUUGAGCUCCGCUCGUACACGCUGCACCCGGGCAACCUUCUCGAAUGGGAGACGCACUGGAGGCGCGGUCUCAAGGCCCGUCGCGAGGUCAUGGAGGGCGUCGGCGCUUGGUUUGUCCAGAUUGGCGACCUGAACACGGUCCACCACCUGUGGCAGUUUGCUAACCUCGAGGAGCGCCGGGCCCGUCGCGAGAGCUGCUGGUCCAUCGAGGGAUGGAGCGAUACGGUGCAUAAGACGGUUCCCCUUAUUCAGGACAUGAGGUCGCGGGUCUUGGUCCCCAUGCCGUGGUCACCUGUGGCAUAG